CAAAUUAUGCAACGCAAAGGAGGAAAGCCACCGCAUUCUCUUACUAAAUACUUUUAUAUUAUUCCUAAUGAAUGGGCAAAUAAAAGUAAUCAAAAAUGUAUUUGUCGAGCAUGUAUGGAUGCUGUAGGAAGAGAUUUUGCCCUACAAGAUGAUAGUAUGAAAAUAACAAAUACAAAACGUUAUUGUGCUAAUCAUCUCAGAGAUUGUUCAUACUUUGCCACGAAGUAUUCACCUGAACAAAUACAGCUUAUUCUUGGUUCAGUCACACCUUCAACACCAAACAAGCGACAAUCUACAUUAUCGCAAUAUAUUGGUCACCCACUUCAUGCUUUUAAAAUUCCCAAAUUCGAACGUCUCAUACUUCGAGCAACUGUUUCAGUUAGAGUUGCAUUUCGAUGGAUUGAAAAUCCUGAAGUUAGGGAAUUAUUCCACUUUAUUUCUCUACAUUUAAAACUACCUGACCAAAAAUCACUUAGUAAUCGUAUACUAACAAGUGCAACUAAUGAAGUCCAAACAACUAUUAAAGAGCUUGCCUAUGACACUGCUUCGGAUAAUGAUUUAAAACUUCCAGCUGAUAUCAAAGUUACUAUUAAUCGUGAUUCUUUUUGGGAUUCUCUUACAACAUUGCAUAAGAUACUUCAUCCUUUUUGUGGAGCUCUUGAUCUUAUGCAACGUAAUAAAGCCCAUCUUCAUAAUGAAGAAUUAUUGAUUGAUAAAGAGUUUGAAGAAGACCCAGAUGAUCUUGAUAAUGCUGAUAUGGAUUUUCUUGAUUUAGAAAUCUAUCCUGCUGAAAAUCAAGCUGCAAAGUGGAAAUUACAUGAUUUAUUUUUAUCCGAUUUACCUUUUCCCUUUGAAUGA